AUUCAAAAUAUUAUCAUGUAAUCAAUAUAAAAAUGAGGUUUUAUGAGAUUAAUAUUAAUAAGAUAUUUUACAUUCUUUUUGGUACAAAGUCUUUAAAAUCCACGUACACUACAGUUUACACUUACAGCACCUCUCAGUUUAGACUAGCCACAUUGCAAGUGUUCAGUAGCCACGUGUGGCCACCGCAUUAGACAGUGCAGGUGUGAGCUUCUUAAGGGCAGGAGCCCUGGUGGUCUGUUGGGUCCUCAGUGUCCGGCUGUGCUUGGCCCUGGGGUGGGCCCCACAGCAUUGUGGUUAAGCCUGAGCCGGGAGCUCGGCUUUGCUGCUUCACAGCUGUUAAGCGGGAUUGGCCAGGCCCACUAGGGCCUCAGCUGCUUCAUCUAUAAAGUGGCAAUGAUGAUAUUUUCAAUAUGGUUUAUAAUGUUAAUAUAAAUUAUUUUUACAGAUACAGUUUACAGAUCUUUACAGAUACAAAACUGAAGGUGAGGGAGAAAAAACAACCAGGCAGUGAGUGCACAGGAUAUGCGGGGAGGACCCUUCUCCCUGGCCUCCUGCCCUGAAUUUGGGGCCUGGGCCUGGGCCUGGGCCUACACUCCGCCUCCCAGAGUCCCGAUCUGGGAGGGGUCAGACAGAAGGUGGGGCGGGGGCUCUGGUCUAACGCUGGAGGCCCCAGGGGCUGCAGGCUGCUGAGCUGCCUGGGGGGUCAUAAUGUGCCAUAGACUGGCUGAGGGUUUAUUGCCCACUUGGUCAGUGGAUGGGGGGCGGCAGGGUAGGGGGCUUAGGGCCAGGCUGCAGGCUCCAUCUCCCACUGCUGCUCACGGCUCCCUGGAGCCAGAGCCGUUUGUGUGCUGGGCUCUCUGGUGCUCUGCCAGGCGGGUGCCGGGGCCCCAGGCUGCCUAGGCCUGCAGACCUAUAGGGUGAAGCCAGCCUGACUGCUGGCCCUCUUCUCUCCCCUCUGCUUUCCCCUUUCCCUUUGGGGCCCCGUGCUCCUCGGGACCCCUUUUACAGGGCUCACCCAGUCUAGGGGGCAGAGGUUACUGUACUGGGGUCUGCCGGCCCCUCCAGACUGACGGCAGGGAUCUUCCCCACCUCACCUGUAUCCCCCUGUGCCCAGCACAGGGCCAGGGGCAGAUGGGGCCUCACCUCGGAGAGCUGGCUGAGCCAAGGAGCAAAGCAAAGUGGUGUGAAAUGCCACAGCAGACAUCCACAGGAGGCUGGAGUCUACACAGCUCCUGGGAGGAGGCGAGCCUGGGGCUGGAGCGAAAAGCACAGCAGGAUCCAGUCAAGGGCGGGGGAAGAAGCAGGGGGUCUGGAGCGGGCAGGGCUGUGGCUGGGACGUGAGCAAUGCCCACCAAUCAGAGAUUAGGAGGAGCUGACACUUACUGAGCACUUACUGUGUGCAGUACGUGCAUCCCACUGACUCUCAGUCUCCCCGUUAGGACGGCUCUGUUACCACCCCAGGGACAGGUGAGGAAGCUGAGGUUUAGAAGGUCACAAAACUUGCCCAAAGCCACACAGCUGGAAGCCAGAGCUGCCUGCCUAACCAGACCUCAGUGCCAUCGUUGGGCUCCCGGUUUACCCAGCCUCCCAGGCCCCGCGUCUUGUGAGACCCUGCUAACGGCUCUGCAGGUUUUGUCCCCAAUGUAAUGGAGGGAGAGGCUCAGACUGAGGAGCGGGCGUGCCGGGCCUGGCCCUGGCUGGGCACCUGCGUUCCUGAUGGCGGCAGUGACAGUGGCAGUUCGUCACCUAACAGCACCAGGUGCUUUGCAUCUGUCAUCUUGCUGGCUCUUCACAGAAGCUGAGUUUAGACAUAUUAUCUGUGUUGUAAGAUGAGGAAACUGAGGCUCAGCGAGGUCAGAGCCACUAAGUGGUGGAGGAGGACUCGAACAGGGGUCUAUGGGACUCCAGAGUCAGUGCACCUGACCUAUUGCCUGUCACAAGUUAUCGCCCACAGAGACAUUUUCUAAGUGAGUCCCUGUAAAGAGAACUCCAGGGACCAGCCUGAGCCAAGCUAGGCCCAUGGGCUGUGGGAUGAUGGAACUCCAGCAUCUUCCUCAAUGGCCUGAGGCCACCCCCAUACCUCCUGUCUCUACUGCCCCAGGGACCAUGCUAGGGAGUGGUCUCCUGCAGGUGGCAGGGGUCAUGUGAACACAGCAGGGCCUGGCGAGGGCAGCUGAGGGUGUGAACACCAGGAGGGUGACUUGGGAGGUCCUGGGGUGGCAGCAGCUCCAUUCACUGAUGCCAGACACAGAGAGUGGCUCACAGCCCCAUGUGGGAGAACGACACCUUCACGUAUUCCCAACCCAACCCAACCCAUGCCAAGCCUGGGGGAACAUAGUGACGGAGGGCCCUGGGGCAUUUGAGUCUUCCCAGGGGACGCAACGCUGGAGUUGGUUCUUAGAGAAGCUGCUGAUUGCACAAGAGAGAGGGAGGGCAUUCCAGGGAGAAGGAACAGCAUGUGCAAAGGCCUCGAGUGAGAAACCACUAAACAGACCCGUAUAACUGGGGCAGGGGGCUGGGGGAGUUGGAAGAGAGGCAGGCCAAGUGCUGAAGAUCCUGGAAUGACGAGCUGAAGAGCUGGGACGCACCCUGCUGGUGCUGGCCCGCCAUGGCCUGUGGCUGCUCACAGCACUGCCUGUCUCCAGGCAGCGGGAGCUCAGCAACGUCCAGGCCAAGCCUUGCCAGUCACAGUUCUUCCUGGGCCUCAGCUUUCCCUUCUGUGAAGUGGGGCACAGAUUCCUGGGGGCCGGGCCUGGUAAGGGCUGUGGGAGGUUCCGCAGACCUGCCUGCAGAUAGGGCUUCAGCUUACCCAACCCCUGCUCCAGGGGGGGCAGCCCUGACGGGGUGGUGCAAGGGAAGGAGGGCUCAGCAGAGCAGGUAGUGCUGAAGACAGGGUCAGAAUGGGCUCUGCCUUGUGCCGGGGGCCCACUCUGGCUUCCAUGAGCCCCAGCCUUGUCCCACUGUGCCUGACAGGUGAGGUCGCUGGCGCGAAGGCGGGCUGCCUCGGCCCGCAGGCACCAUGGUGCGGAGCAGGGCACUGCUGCUCCUGCUGCUGCUGCCCCCGCAGCUGCAGCUGGGCCCUGGGCUGGCAGUGAGGGCCCCCGUGUUUGGACGAAGUGACGCCCACAGCCGGAGCCCUGAAGAGAACGAGUUCGCGGAGGAGGAGCCGGUGCUGGUCCUGAGCCCCGAGGAGCCGGGGCCUGGCCCAGCCACCAUCGACUGCCCCCGGGACUGCGCCUGCUCCCAGGAGGGUGUUGUAGACUGUGGCGGCAUCGACCUGCGCGAGUUCCCCGGGGACCUGCCGGAGCACACCAACCACCUGUCCCUGCAGAACAACCAGCUGGAGCAGAUCUACCCCGAGGAGCUCUCCCGGCUGCACCGGCUGGAGACGCUGAACCUCCAGAACAACCGUCUGACUUCCCGAGGGCUCCCAGAGGAGGCGUUUGAGCAUCUGACCAACCUCAAUUACCUGUACCUGGCCAAUAACAAGCUGACCUUGGCACCCCGAUUCCUGCCAAACACCCUGAUCAGUGUGGACUUCGCUGCCAACUAUCUCACCAAGAUCUAUGGGCUCACCUUUGGCCAGAAGCCAAACUUGAGGUCUGUGUACCUGCACAACAACAAGCUGGCGGACGCCGGGCUGCCGGACAACAUGUUCAACGGCUCCAGCAACGUCGAGAUCCUUAUUCUGUCCAGCAACUUCUUGCGCCAUGUGCCCAAGCACCUGCCGCCUGCCCUCUACAAGCUGCAUCUCAAGAACAACAAGCUGGAGAAGAUCCCACCAGGUGCCUUCAGCGAGCUGAGCAGCCUGCGUGAGCUGUACCUGCAGAACAACUACCUGACAGACGAGGGCCUGGAUAACGAGACCUUCUGGAAGCUCUCCAGCCUGGAGUACCUGGAUCUGUCCAGCAACAACCUGUCGCGGGUGCCAGCGGGGCUGCCGCGCAGCCUGGUGCUGCUGCACCUGGAGAAGAACGCCAUUCAGAGCGUGGACGCGGACGUACUGACCCCCAUCCGCAGCCUGGAGUACCUGCUGCUGCACAGCAACCAGCUGCACGCACACGGUAUCCACCCGCGGGCCUUCCAGGGCCUCAAGCGGCUGCACACGGUGCACCUGUACAACAACGCGCUGGAGCGCGUGCCCAGCGGCCUGCCCCGCCGCGUGCGCACCCUCAUGAUUCUGCACAAUCAGAUCACCGGCAUCGGCCGCGACGACUUCGCCACUACCUACUUCCUGGAGGAGCUCAACCUCAGCUACAACCGCAUCACCAGCCCGCAGAUGCACCGCGACGCCUUCCGCAAGCUGCGCCUGCUGCGCUCGCUGGACCUGUCCGGCAACCGGCUGCACACGCUGCCGCCGGGGCUGCCGCGCAACGUGCACGUGCUGAAGGUCAAGCGCAACGAGCUGGCUGCCCUGGCGCGCGGGGCGCUGGCCGGCAUGGCCCAGCUGCGGGAGCUCUACCUCACCGGCAACCGGCUGCGCAGCCGGGCCCUGGGGCCCCGCGCCUGGGCCGACCUGGCCGGGCUGCAGCUGCUGGACAUCGCUGGGAAUCAGCUCACAGACGUCCCCGGGGGGCUCCCCGAGUCGCUCGAGUACUUGUACCUGCAGAACAACAAGAUCAGCUCCGUGCCCGCCAACGCCUUCGACUCCACACCCAACCUCAAGGGAGUCUUUCUCAGGUUUAACAAGCUGGCCGUGGGCUCUGUGGUGGAGAGCGCCUUCCGGAGGCUGAAGCACCUGCAGGUCUUGGACAUAGAAGGCAACUUUGAGUUUGGUGACGUUUCCAAGGACCGGGGCCGGUUGAAGGAGGAAGAGGAAGAGGAUGAGGAGGACGAGGAGGAUAAGGAUGAGGAGGAAGAAGAAAGGCGAUAGUGACAGGGUGAACUGGAUCUGACAUAGGAUGAUGGACCGCUGGACCCCGUUCUGCAGCACGUGCCUGUGCCCUGUGAGCGCCCACUGUGCCAUGCUCACAGACACACCCAGCACUGCACCCACAGGGCCCCCGACACAGCUGAAUCCACAGCCUCCCAUCCUCAGCCCUCCCUGCAGUGCGUUCCACAGCCAGACACACGCAGACACCACAACACACAUACAGCAGCUGCACGUCGCCCCAAGCCCACCACCGCCAUCAUGCCCUCUGAGUCACACAGACACGGGAAGGGUCGGACCCCACCCUGGCACACAUGGGCACCUGCUCCUCCCCUGUGGACACACGUACGUGGGUGCUCGCGCACACACUUAUACACACGCACACACACACAAGUCACGUGCAAAGAGCCCUACAAGGCCUAUGCCACCGACAGCUCUUGCCCCAGCCAGAACUGACCAGAACAGCUAGCUAUCUGUCUGUCUGUCUGUCUGGCUGUCCGUCCAUCCCCCGGAGAAGACACAGAGUUCUCUCUGGGCUUUCUGUGGCCAGGUGCCUGCGCCCCCUGGAACUCACAAAAGGUGGCUUUUGUUCCUUUCUCUCUCUUUCGGGACAGGAACCUUCUGGACUGCUGCCCUGGCCCGUCCGCCCUACCCCCAGCUUCUGAGCCAGCCACUCCCUGCCAUGCCCCGGGCAAGCCCCCCUGAGGCCACCGCAGAGUCUCCGGGGCAGCUGUGGGCUUUGGGUGGUAUGAGUGAGGCGGGGCUGGCUGGGCAAGGAGGAAGGCCCAGCCGCACCAGGGGACGCCUCUUCCACUCUCUGGGCCUGCGGGAACUUCUGGGUGCCUUUGUUUUUUUAUUCUUUUUUAAGAAAAACAAAAUGAUAAAAACUUCAAAGCUGAUUUUUCUUGUUACAGAAAAGCUAAUAUAAAAGCAUUACCCCGUCUGGCAGCCCG